AUGUAUGAGGAGGAGUCAACUUCGGCAUUAGUGCAGCAAGUACUCACGGGUUUAGGGAUAAAGUACACGGCUGGUUGGGGCAGAGACCGCCGAUCAUCUCUUGUGGAUGAUUCGUUGCUAGAGCCAUCUACUGAGCGGGGGGAUGCAAGGGAGCUGCAGCAACUGCAAGAACAGCAGCAACAGCAACAACGACGGCAGGAAUUAAACACUGGGCUUGUGGGGACGGGAAUUGUUGCUGAAAUCGGGACAGGAGAGGCACCUUGCGUCUUACUGCGAGCAGAUAUGGAUGCGCUUCCUAUUCACGAGCAGGCAGAUGUGGCUUUCAAAUCGGAGGUGGAGGGGAAGAUGCAUGCGUGUGGCCACGAUUCGCACACUACAAUGCUCCUCAUGGCUGCAGCAAUUUUAAAGAAAAAUGAGGGUUCUAUCAAGGGAACAGUGCGGCUGGUGUUCCAGCCUGCGGAAGAGGGGGGGCAGGGGGCCAAAAUGAUGCUCGAAGAGGAUCUGACCUUCAUCUGCCGAGUAACAACCGUCCUGCCUGGUUUUAUGCCUGCUUGCGGCUUCAUUUAUGCUCCUUCUGUGCAUCCGUCCACGCUUAUUGCCUACCGGGCUGCGUGUUUGUGGCGGGCUAUGCCGCUGGAGUGUUUGCGCAGCUUCCACUUUGAGGUCGUUGGGGCCGGCGGUCAUGGGGCGAUGCCAUCACAGGCUCACGACCCUAUUACUGCGUGCGCCUCUGCAGUUCAAAAUAUAAACAGCUUUGUGGCUAGGGAAAACGAUUACACAGCUGUUUCAUCUGGAUUCGUGUCCGUCACUCAAAUCCAAGCCGGGAGCGCCUUUAAUGUUAUCCCGUCUGAGUGCACUCUAAAGGGGACAAUUAGGGCAUUUAGCAACAAAAAAUUGCGGGAGCUGCAACUACGACUCCGCCAGGUCGUCCAGCGUACAGCCGAGGCAUUCCGCUGCAGCUUACGGGUCCGCCGUCUUGAUACAAUUACGCCGGCUCUUCGUGUAAACCCUGAGGCCCUUGAGGUUUUUAAAAAGGCAGCCUAUGCAGUACUCCCCGGUGGUCGAGUGGAAACUAUGGAGCCGACGUACGGCGGUGAAGACUUUUCCUUCGUGCUGGACAGGCUUCCAGGAGUUUUCGCUUUCAUUGGAGUUGGAAGCGGCGCCCAGAAGGCAGGGCACGUUCCAACUUCAUUCGGGCUGCAUCACCCCAAGUUUGCUAUAGAUGAAGAGGCUUUGCAUCUGGGUGCGGCAGUUGAGGCGCAAUUUGUUUUCGAUGCUGUCAACCAUUUGCUGAAUCGCCAGAUCGAACAGGAACAGCUGCUACAGCAAGAGGAGCCAAAACAUGAAGACGAGCUAUAA